AUGAACAACGGAAACAUAGACCUGAUCAACCUCCUUGACCACGGAGCCAAUGUCAACAGUGCACCAUCAGAGUAUGGCGGGGCCACCGCAUUACAGAUUGCCGCCAUUCAAGGCUACCUAGGAAUUGCUCGCAAGCUCAUCGACCUAGACGCAGACGUUAAUGCUGCUCCUGCACGACUCAAUGGCAGAACAGCUUUGGAGGGAGCGGCAGAGCACGGUCGAAUUGACAUGCUUCGGCUACUCCUUGACGAAGGAGCAUCGCUGGUAGGCAAUUAUGGUGAACGGCAAUAUUGGCGUGCCGUGGAAUUGGCUGAGGGAAAUGGGCAUAUGGCGGCUGCGAAGCUUUUGACAUCGUUCAAGGAUAAGGUGGAAGAAAGUGGCAAUUGGAAUUGA